AUGAAGGUCUUCCUGCUGGUGCUGCUGGCUGUCCUCCUGGGUGUGGAGCAAACCCACUCCCUCAUGUGCUUCUCCUGCAACAAACAGAAGAGCAAUUUCUACUGCCUGUGGCCAACCAUCUGCUUAGACAUUGACAAUUACUGUGUGACCUUGUCUACCUCUACUGGCAUUGGAAAAAUCAUUGACUACGGCUACAGCCUGAACAAGGGAUGCUCCCCUACCUGCCCAGUCUCAGACUUUGGCAUGAGUGUGAGAGCUGUGGAUAGUACAUGCUGCUCAACCUCCCUGUGUAACUUCAGUGCUGCUGGAGGUGGGCCUCAGGCUAGUGCCCCACUGCUGAGCCUUGAGCUUCUGCUCAGCCUGCUGUCGGCUUUGCUGUGGCUGGCCUCCCAAACUCCUUUACCUGACGCCCCAUGCUCCCUUAGCUCCAGAAGAGAAACCCAGCUCCUUCCAGACACCAGGAGGCUAUUGGAGCAUCCACCUCCUCCUCAUGCCUGA